CGUCUUCACUCAUACUUCGCGCAGGGUGACCCCAUCAUCUGUUUCCCGGAAACAGGCAGCGUUUCAAAAAAGAGCAUCACUUGCGAAUGCAACGUAAACUUUCGCCGCAAGAAGUCGCCAAAAAUGGAGACGCCGAAAAGCGAGCUUCGCCAGGACCCUGCACAAGCCACGACGGCGCCAUUCGCUGCGCUGUGGCUGCGGUCCCUUCAGAUUAGCGAAGGUGUCAUUUUUAUCUGAAAGGCGGUUUGCCACUGGUGACCGUGGGCAUGACCUGUGAAGACCAUAAAGACCACCGAGUCAGUCUGAGGCUAACCGCAUCCCCCCAAGCGAGCACCUUAUGCGGGGACCGCUAUCAUUCCUUACAAUGCCCACCUACAGAUUUCCGAUGGGCUUUUCCAGAUUCUCUACGGCUGUUUUGUCGCUUUUGAUGGCGCACGAGAUCUGCCACCUCCUCACUUAGUGAUAGACGCCACUCUGCCCGAUCUCUGCACGCUUUUCAGAACGCCUCGUCACACACAGCUCCACAUCACGGUUUCGUGAGUGGAAACUCUGACGGUGCACACCCGGGGCUUUCUCGGCUACUCUUCCUCCUGUCACAAGCUUUGUCUUUCCUCAGUCUGAAUGCGUUCCUCAAGGCCAUUGCCUCUCUCAGAUAUGCCCUUAGGCCUCAGUGCCCUCAUCUGGGCACUGGUUCUGUGUUAUUCCGCUGCCUUUGGUACAGAAGCCCUUGAAAAUGGACAUUUAGGUGUCAAAUGCAGACAGAAGAUUUUGCAGCUGGUGGGCACCAUGGGACAGAAAAUGACUGUUCUAUUUACUUUUGAAGAAGAAUGUAAAACAGACUGCACUAAUAUGCUCUACAAAGAUGGCACUAAAAUUGCAGAGAAGGAUCAAAACCCACAUGACCCAAGAUUAUCUUAUGAGUGGCAGAAAAAUAUCACAAUGACUAUAGAUGUUCUCCAGCUGAACGACACCGCAAUCUACUACAGUGUCAUAUAUAGCCCAGGCUCCAGCAAAAUCCUCAGAGAGUCCAACUGUGUUAAUUUGACGGUUGUGACAGAAGACAUCAGCCAAGAAAACCAAACUGUAUCCGUUGCUUGUGCCAUUCUCAUCUGUGACAAAAAACACAGUGGUCCCACCUAUGAGUCCCUGCAAGAUGUCUUUAACAAGAAGUCCUUCCGUCCCGCCUUCAAUUUGAGCUCUCCAACCAUCACCAAUAUCUCUUUCACACUCUAUGCUGUGCUGGGAGUUAAUGAGAAGACCCAACUUUUGACCACAUUCCUGUGGCUCAGACUGUACUGGCACCAUGAAUUUCUCCAGUGGGACCCGGAGGCCUGUGGUGGGGUGUCCAAGAUUUCGCUGCCUGUGGAAGAGCUGUGGACCCCAGACAUCAUUGUUUAUGAAUUUAUAGAUGAGGACAAGUCCCAGCGUUGCCCAUAUGUCUAUGUGAAUCAUACCGGGCAGAUACGCUACGACCGGAUGCUACGUGUUGUUAGCUCCUGCAACUUGGAAAUAUUCAAUUUUCCCUUUGAUGUGCAAAACUGCACUCUUACCUUUGGUUCCUAUAUGCACACAAUUCGAGAUGUGAGGGUCAGCACUGCCAUUCCUUUUGAGCAGAUCUCUGCCAAUUCUAAGAAGUAUCUGGAGACAAGUGGAGAGUGGGAACUGGUGGUCAUCCAAGGCGAAUCAGACAUCCUUAAGUUUGGUAUUGAUGAGUGGGACAUCAUAACAUUCUGGGUGGUCAUCAAACGCAGGCCCAUUCUUUAUGUGGUCAAUUUACUUAUUCCUAGUGCCUUCUUGAUGGUUAUCGACAUUCUUAGCUUCUUGUUGCCCCCCCACAGUGUGGAUCGUGCCUCCUUCAAAAUGACUCUCAUUCUGGGAUAUACGGUUUUCUUGCUCAUCAUGAAUGACCUUCUUCCAAGCACUGCUAAUGGGACACCACUUAUUGGCAUAUAUUUCUCAGUCUGCUUAGCCUUUAUGGUGAUGAGUUUGCUGGAGACGGUGAUAAUCACCAAUAUUCUGCAUCAUAACGCCAUGAAGUAUGAGCCAGUGCCAGACUGGGUUCGAGUUGUAUUUCUGAAUCAUAUUGCCCGGCUGAUCUGCUACAAACACUCGCCUAAGCCUUCUGAGACACCUUCCACCACUGGGGACUUUUCCAACAAUGAGCUGAAACCUUACACAGACCCAGGGGAAAAAAUCAAGAACAUUGAGGUGCCCUUCAUCCAGCUGCCCUCCCUGGCAAACACAGAGGUCCAACAAAUCUCUCGUGACCUGGCGUCAGUACGAAGCCACCUUGAUGAGCUACAGAUCCAGCAGAGCCGUGAGGAGGAGUGGAUCCAUGUUGGCUACAUUCUGGACUUCUUACUCUUCAGGGUCUACCUGUUCUUCAUACUUGCUUAUGCUCUUGUCAUAAUUUGCACAUGGUGCAUCUGGUUCAACAUGUAG